GAUUACCAGUAGAGGACGCAGUGUUGUCCUACGUCUCAUCAGAACAGGGUCAAGAAAACAAGUAUGGCGGCAUCCAGUGUUUUCAGACCGGGCUUGUUCGACCAUAAAGUUGCAAUAGUAACGGGAGGAGGGACUGGUAUCGGUAAAGCUAUCUCUGCAGAGCUGUUGGAGCUGGGCUGCAGCGUGGUGAUCUCCAGUAGAAAGACGGAGAGGUUGGAGGCAGCAGCCCAGGAGAUGAGACAGAAAAUCCCAGCCUCCAGCCCUGCACGUGUCACUCCCAUGAAGUGCAACAUCCGCAAUGAAGAUGAGGUGAAAACUCUUGUAUCGACGGUGCUGAAGCAGUACGGCCGGGUAGAUUUUCUGGUGAACAAUGGAGGAGGUCAGUUCAGCAGUCCAGCAGAGCACAUGUCCUCUAAAGGCUGGAAGGCUGUGAUAGACACAAACCUGACUGGAACCUUCCACUGCUGCAAGGAGGUCUACACAGCAUGGAUGAAACAACAUGGAGGUGUGAUCAUCAACAUCAUCGCUGACAUGUGGAAAGGCUUCCCAGGCAUGGCCCACACAGGAGCAGCGAGGGCGGCGGUGGAUAACUUAACGAAGAGUCUGGCCAUCGAGUGGGCAGCCUCUGGAGUCAGAGUCAACGCUGUUGCGCCUGGCACCAUUUUUUCCAAAACUGCAAUGGAGAACUAUAAGGAGCUUGGACCAAGCCUUUUCAAGAUGUCUGUUCCAUUUAGUCCCGCAAAGAGACUUGGAGUACCAGAAGAGAUCUCCUCAGCAGUUUGUUUCCUGCUCUCUCCUGCCGCCUCCUACAUCUCUGGGGCCACCCUGAGGGUCGAUGCGGGGCAGAGUCUGUACCACUCCAUGUGGGAGAUACCCAACCACAGUGCAUGGCCUGAGGCUCCAGAAGGGGAGAACCUGGACUCUCUGAAAGACCUGCUCAACCCAAAAAGCAAACUCUAAUACAGUUUUGUAACAUAUUCUGAGUCCAGUUCAUUAAACUACACAAACACCUGGCAUGAUGGACAUGAAGGUGUACAGAUGCCACAAGUGCUGUCACGGAGACGAGACACCGUUGUUGCCUGGAUAUAAGAUUUCUAUUGUGAUUUCUAAAGCAGUUCAUGUACUGUAUGUAAUUAAUAUCAAUGUGAGUGUAUAAUUAUUUUUCUGGUCCAAUUAUUUGUGACAUUAAUAGUUAGAAUGAAUGUAGAAUAAUGUAGAAAAAUUAAAUAUUUUUUCUAUGCCGUUGUAAGUUUUUUUUAUUUUUUCAAAAGAGUUGCUACAUACUACUUUACAAAUGGAGACAAAAGAGGGAAAAAGCAAAACACAGACACAAAAUGUAGAAUAUUAAAUGCAAAUCAAAACUUGUUGUAUGUUUUAAGAUUAUUUUUUAAAAUUUGCACUGAGUUAGCAUUUCUGAGCCUGUUCCACAUUUGAUGAGCUACAGUGUCAUAAGUAUGAAUUCAGCCUGAACAGCUGCCCAGCUAACAGGCUGUACUCUGAGGAUCUCCGGCUCUUCACAGAGGUGAGAGGAGGCCGAUGCUUUCCACUAAUUCCUUUGUUUCUCUUGAAAAUUACACAGUUCCUUAAUAUGUAAAAUGGAAACCUGAUAAGUAAAGGUUUGGUAGUACUGAAAUGAAAGCUUUGAAAUCAUAAAUGUAAUGAAAUAUGAAGAUUAUUAUGAAAUGUCUUUGGUGGAUGUAAAACAUGUACCAAAUGGUUAAAAUGUAGAAGAACAGUUUAUUGCUGUGGGUACCCUGUGAUUUUUUUAACAGGAAUGACUUUGUAUGUAUUUAUAAGGGCAGAAAUGAAUAAAAUUAACAUUAUUACAUAUA